AUGAGUCGCCGACCCCCCGGCAAUUCCUCGCCUGGAAUCCAUGACGACAAUCAGCACAGGCUGGCUCGGCCCAUCACACUACCACCCUUACUGCCUCUAGCGUCGAGUCAAGCGGCCAGGCACCAGCUUGGUCCUUCUGGUUCGCCAUGGCAUCCCGAUCGCGAUGACAGGUUGGUCCCUCCGACCCCUACAGCCCACUCAGCUACUCGAUUCAGCCAGCCUCAGCCUCACUUGCCCUCCUCGCGUACAUUUGAGGCCAGUGUCUUCCCAUCUUUGCCAGACAAUGCAGAUAUCGCAGCAGGGGGAAGCGGGAACCUCCCCGCAGGACAUCGUCGCAUCCCAGAAAUCUCCCAGAUGUCCUUCGAUCGCCCAACACAAGCUAAACGCUCGACGCCAUGGCACCGUUCAUCUUUUGCCGAGAGAUUCGAUGAGAGAGAGCGGCACGAUGUGCAAUCGUCGCGCUGGAGAUCUCACUCGUUUAGUAGACGUCAAGAACCGAGUGGUCUGCCAGCUGCCUUGCUACACGUCGACCACCCUGUGGCACAGAAUGUCAGGACCGAAGACACAAUUUCCCAAAGCAACAAAGCACAACUCAUGAGUACGUCUUCACUCUCGAAUCCCUCUAGAAACGCUUUGCCAGGCGUCGGUGUGACACCGCAUCGCCCUUCGACACCGCCACGUGAAUUGCGCUACACACACCACCCUUCCUUUGCAGAGCUACCUGCGCCUGCAAACGUGGAAAGACAGUUGCCACCUCUUAAUCAAGAGUCAUUUGCAUCUUCCAAGAGAUUGCGGUCUCUGUCGCCGUCGAGACGAGAAAUGACUGUUCAUCGCGAAGGGUUACCCCAACAUGCAUUUCACCAACCUCAUCCGCGCCCAGCAGGCUACAGCCGUCAGGUGCCGCUCCACGACGCUGACCCUUGGCACAUGCCCGCGACCAUUCCGGUAAAUGACGGAUCAAGGACGUUCAAUCAUAGCGCAGACCUCUCCACAGCGGAACGACCAACUUCUGGCGAGUCAUCGAUGCAAAAAUCGGGGAAACGUCUCCGAAUUUCGAGGGCUUGCGACCCUUGCCGCCGUCGCAAGACCAAGUGCGAUGUCGUCGGGGUCUUUCCGGGCGAAGAAGGGCACCCCGAGUCGAUGGCUACCAAUCGAGCAGAGAGCAAGAAUGACAUGUUCAUUCUUCGGCCAUGUUCUAACUGCGUUCGCGCCCGCAUUCCUUGCACCUAUCUCAAGCGGGCACCAAAGCGGACCUCAGUCAAGGAGUAUGUCAAGGAGCUGGAAGGUCGUCUAGCUGCUCUCGAAUCACAAAGACCCGCUAGGGGUGCGCCGUCAAGUGAGGAGAGCGGUAGCGAUGGAGAUGCGAUGCGGUCCCACGCUCAUGACGUGGUCGAGCCUGGCGAUGAGGGCAUGGGAUCCGACACUCGCAGUGGUCGACGGCCAUCAUCCAAUUUGGGAGCGCUGGGGAGCCAGGCUUUCGCUGCAACCUCAAAGUCACUCACGCAAACCGAGACAAUCGGAGACGAGAAUCUCCACUCGCCAGGUAGUGACCUCUGUUCCGAGGCGGAGAGCAAUGAGCGAUCCCGUGAUAUCGAAGGGUCUAUGGCGUCCGUGAACGAUUUUCACGGCAGCCCGUGGUUCCACCCUAUCGCGACGCAACGCGCCGGGAACGAAGCAGCAAAGCCCCCAGGUCUCGACGCAUUACCCGCUCGUCUCGAUCACGCCGAUGCUGCGUUUCAAGGGUUCUUGAAGUCCGAAAUCUACCGCGCACUGCCAUUCCUGCCCCCGUCGCGCCUGACUCAAGCUGCGGAUGUCACUCGACUUCACAUCACUGUAGAGCACCUGACUAGCCUACAAACGCGACGGAGAGAUCUUACUUUGCCGCCUUUGCAGCAUCGAGACUAUGCUUGGCGCCAUCGCUCACGCCUCGAGAUGCGUCAAUCUCUCGCGGCGCUCGAAGCAAUGCUGAUCGGCACAGGCAGGGUGACGGUACCGCCAGCCUCUUUGCUGCAUCAAUCGGCUUCGGCUGUGCAACAGACGGUGGAGCUCCUGCGGCGUAAAACAGAGGAGAAGCGAGCUGAAAGAGUCUUUGACGGUGACCUUCAUCUCUUCAUGGUCCUUCAACACCUUCGCCAAGGCGUCGAAAGUCGCCCACAUCUGGCAUCAGCCGAGGCCGCUAUCUGUGCAGCAGCAGCUCCGAACAGUGAUCGCGAAGGCUGGAAUGGCAGACAAAUGGCGAUCCUACUCCUCGCUGAAAUUCAAAAAUCUCUGUUCGCUGGUGGUCGCGAGUCGGCGGAAAGCUUUGCGAGUCGACAGACUACUUCGCUGGGAAGUGAUUUGGACCAGAAAAGCUCGAGCGUCAGCAUGGUCAUUGAUCUUGUCCGCAACUUGAGCCAUGCGCCCGCCGCUAGCGCGCUCGACCGUGCGAUCUUGCUCGAAAUGCUCGGAUUCUUUCUGCCUCGUCUUGCUGUCGAAGACGACGAGCUCGCCGCAGUGACGGACAGUGACUUGAAGAUGGACAUCUCGAGCUCCAACGAAGCAGACCAGGUUCGCCAUAUGCGCAGGUGAGUGUGUAUGGGACAAGGUCGGGGUAUCAUCUCCAUUGACGCCCUGCUGCCUGGUCGCAGAGAUCUUCACACUGUCUUGCAAGCUCUCAAGAGAGCUCGUUCCUUGUGCCUUCGGAUCGGAAUGCUUGGCGCAAAGAGCCUCCAGCUUCGUGACCUUGCGGAAAUGGUCGAUUCUUUGUGUGACCUCUCUAAGUCGUCAAACCGAUUUCGUACGCUGGCAACCCUCGCGGGUCCACUGCUAGCUAGCACGGCGCUUUCGACGGCUCAUCUAGCUUUGACAGCUGUUUCUGUGUUAAGUGCUAGGAUUGGGGAGAAUGCAGCAGAGGGUACACUGGUGCAGAAGCAAAAUUUAGCAAAGCAAGUACAGAUCAUUGUUGGACAGGCGCGCAAUGUGCUUAGUGAGGUUGCAAGUGCCGCGUCAGCCGAUGUUCUCGGCCUGCAACAUCUCUACUGGACGUGCCAGGACUACGGCGAGCGCCUGCUCGCCGCAGCACCAGAUUCCACUGGCCUUGAAAGCAGUAUGCCGAUUCAGAUGGCGGAGGACCUCUGGACACAGACUUCAUCCAUUUUCCAGGAGAGCGGGCCGCUCGGCGGCAUCCUCAUGUUCUCUUGA